AUGAACCUGAAGACGCUGAACUUCGAGCAGUUCCUGCCCAUGAUGCAGACCAUCGCCAAGAACAAGGACCAGGGCUGCUUCGAGGACUACGUGGAGGGGCUGCGGGUCUUCGACAAGGAGGGCAACGGCACCGUCAUGGGGGCUGAGAUCCGCCACGUCCUUGUCACCCUGG